AUGCCAGGACAUGCCAAGUUCAUAAAGGACUUGGUUACAAACAAGAGAACUGUAAGCCUUGAUUUUACUAACGAUAUUCAUCAUUACAGAGCCAUUGCUACCAUAUCUCUGGUUCAGAAGAAGGAAGAUCCAGGUGCAUUUACUAUCCUAUGCACCAUUAGGUCAAUUAAGUUUGCAAAAGCUUUGUGUGAUUUAGGAGCCAGCAUCAACUUGAUGCCAUUAGCCAUCUACAAGAAAUUGGGAUUGGGAGUUCCAAGACCCACAACGAUGAGGUUGAUAAUGGCUGAUAGGUCAGUAAAGUGGCCAGUGGGAGUCCUUUAUGACGUACUUGUUAAGGUGGACACCUUCAUCUUUCCAGCUGAUUUUAUGAUCUUGGAUUGUGAAGUGGACUUUGUGGUUCCCAUCAUUUUUGGAAGACCCUUUUUGGCCACAUGA